AUGGGAAUUUCAAAACCACUCCUUGAAAUUUCUUACAUUUCGUUUUUAGCCUUGUAUUUUUCUUUCUACACAAUAACACCAACUUUUUCCGCCUCCUUACAAGAUGACUUCAUCAAAUGUCUCCACAUAUACACAAAUGUCGAAUUCCCUCUCAACGAGACGUUCUUCACUAUUGAAAAGAACGCCUCGACCUUCGAACAAGUUCUUGAAUCAACGGCUCAAAAUCUACGGUACUUAGCUAAGUCAAUGCCUAAACCGGGAAUCAUAUUCAAACCAAUUCAUGAAUCUCACGUCCAAGCUUCCAUUAUUUGCUCCAAAAAACUCGGAAUUCAUCUCCGUGUUAGAAGCGGUGGUCACGAUUACGAAGGCUUGUCAUAUGUUUCACAGAUCGAAAAACCGUUUAUAUUGAUUGAUCUGUCGAAACUGAGACAGGUCAAUGUUGAUAUUGAAGACAAUAGUGCUUGGGUUCAAGCUGGUGCUACAACUGGUGAGCUAUACUACAGGAUUGCUGAGAAGAGCAAAGUUCACGGUUUCCCCGCGGGUUUGUGCUCGAGCUUAGGCAUAGGUGGGCAAAGAGGCGGUGCAUACGGUUCCAUGAUGAGGAAAUAUGGUCUUGCUGGAGAUAACGUUCUAGACGCAAAGAUCAUUGAUGCUAAUGGUAAAUUACUCGACAGAGCCGCAAUGGGCGAGGAUCUAUUUUGGGCGAUUAGAGGAGGCGGUGGAGCGAGUUUUGGGAUAAUUCUAUCAUGGAAGAUCAAGCUUGUUCCUGUUCCUAAGACUGUGACCGUCUUCACGGUCACCAAAACAUUAGAACAAGACGUAGGCAACAAGAUUCUUUCGAAGUGGCAAGUUGUUGCAGCCAAGCUUGUUGAAGAGCUAUUCAUCCGAGUGAUCUUAAACGUAGCUGGAAACAAUGGAAACAAGACAGUGACGACGUCGUACAAUGCUCUGUUUCUUGGCAAGAAAGGCGCGUUGAUGAAAGUUAUGAAGAAGAGAUUUCCGGAGCUAGGGCUAAUUAACACCGAAAGAUUGUGUCGAAAUGAGCUGGCUCGAAUCCGUUGUUUACAUUUCCGGCUUCCCGACCGGCACUCCUACUAG